AUGGCGCAUCCCGUUGAGUACGUCGUGUUCGCAAUAUUGAUGGCUACAAAUUUGGGCUUGGGUCUUUACUUUGCGAUCCGAACGAAGAACAGCAUUGUGACGUUGGACGAGGUUUUCCUGGGCAGUCGCACCCUGAAGACACUGCCACUCGCCAUGUCAGCGUUCGCCUCGAUGAUGUCUUCUGGAAUGAUUAUAGUCAUGCCGGCCUAUUACUACAAGCAUGGCUUUCACAUGGGGUACAUGUUCCUCGUACUUGUCAUCCUUAUUCCUGUGACCACCCGUAUCAUCAUCCCCGUGCUCUACCGUUUGAAAGUUACGUCUGUUUUUGAGUACGUCCGCAUGCGGUUCGGAACAAAGACUUCUCUCGCCACGUGUCUGCUUUACUUCUUCCUCAUGCAAACCACUGGAGCUGUGUCCAUAUUCGCCUCUUCGGUGGCGAUAUCUGCGGUUUCCCAAUUAGCAGCAGGUCAGUAA